UCUUCCCCUCUCCCGCCCCCCCCCCCCCCCCCCCCCCGGGCUGCGGAAGGCUAGAAGCCGAAGGGUUUAGGAGCGAGGGAGGGAAGAUUUCAGAGACUAAAAUCCUGCGGGGGCAGCCGGACCCCCAGGACGGGGGGCGAGCUUUGGGGAGAAAUAAGGAAACUGCUCCGAGGGACCCGGGGCCGCACGACGCGGAGUAUUCCCGGGGUGCAUGACGUCAUCUCCUUUGCCGCAGUGUCUGCCGCGGGGUCUGGGCCCAUGACGUCACCGCGAUAGCAAAGUUCCCAACCCCCCCCCGUCACCCCCCCUCUCCGAAGCUCAGGGCUCCCCCCGCUGGGGUUACACCGGUCUCGGACCCGAGCCUUCCUGCUCCGUGGCAAAGCCGAGGGCGGGUAACAAGGGCUGCGAGCGGAGGCUGCCGAGGGUCCCGGGGGGCGGAAACGGGGUCUCGGACCCUUCCGGGGGCACCAUUCUGGGCCAACGCCUUAACCCUUGUUUGCCUCAGUUUCUCCCCCUGCAAAAUGGGGGUGAUGGAAGCAACGUGUUCCUGCCAGAGUCUCAAGCGGGGAAGCGCUUCGCAAGGCGGGGCAGGCAGGAGGCGCCCCGAGCUAAGGGCUCUAGUUACUACAGCGGCUGUGGCUGUUUUCCUUGUCAUUCCGCUCGGAGCCAGUAGGGGCCAAGGCAGAAGGGAGCUGAGAAAGUGCCGCCGGAGACACGCAUGCGCUCUCGCUCUUUUCUGCCGCAGUCCAGGGCGGUGGCUCUCGCCGGGCUCUUGGGCAGUUUUAUCCGCAGUCUGCUCGUUCUGUGUACGCGGGAGGAUUUCUAAAUGAGCUCCAUCGGUUGGGGGGGUGGGGUGGAGGUGGGGGUGGGGCGGGUAGGCUUGCGGCUUCGCUUCACGCAUGCUCCUUGGCAGAGUAAGGGCGGAUAUCCGUUGGGGAGAAGCUUCACGUUCUGUUUACGCAUUCUCGAGGGCGCGGACGAUGACGCCACAAUUUGGCGACCAGCCCGGGCAGGGCGCAUGCGCCCCGACUGAUUGACAGGGCCGGCGUGAGCUGAGGAAUCGCGGUUUUCCAGUCCGGUCCUGCCUUGCGCAUGCGCGCUAAUAACAAACAGAUCUGGCGGGAGCUAUGGCGGCUCCAAUUUCUCGUCUAGUUGGUUCCGGGCGCUUUUUCACCGGCUUUCUGGCCGGGACCGUCAUAGGUGCCGCCGGAGCCGGGCUCGCUGCCCGCAAGCUCCUCCUCAACCCUGAGGAAGACUCUGCUUCGAGCACCGGGAGGCCGGCAGCUCCCGCCAAGGAGACCAUCUUGGAGCAGUAUGGGUUCCCUGUGAGCGGGACCCAGGCCCGGUGCUACACGAACCACGCCCUGUCCUAUGACCAGGCCAAGCGGGGCCCUCGGUGGGUCAUCGAGCACAUCUCCCGGAACAAGACGCGGGGCAACGCGGACCGAAGGCACUGUAAGUUCCGCCCAGACCCCAGCAUCCCCCCGGCCUUCAGUGCGGACAACGAGGACUUCCUGGGCAGCGGCUGGUCGCGCGGACACAUGGCGCCCGCUGGAAACAACAAGUUCUCAACUGAAGCCAUGCAGGAAACCUUCUACCUCUCCAACAUCGUGCCGCAGAACUUUGACAAUAAUGCCGGCUUUUGGAACAGAAUGGAAAUGUAUUGCCGGGAGUUAACGGAGAGGUUUGAUGACGUUUGGAUAGUGUCUGGGCCCUUGACCUUGCCGCAGAUGGGCAAAGACGGGAAGAAGAGAGUUACCUAUGAGGUGAUCGGCAAGGACAACGUGGCCGUCCCCUCGCACCUCUACAAGGUCAUCCUGGCCCGCCGGAGCCUCAGCUCCACCGAGCCCCUGGUGUUGGGCGCCUUUGUGGUGCCCAACGACGCCAUUGGCUUCCGGCCCCAGCUCACCGAGUUCCAGGUGAGUAUCCACGACCUGGAGAAGAUGACGGGGAUCGUGUUCUUCCCGCGUUUGGAUAAAUCAAAGGACACCAAGAACCUCUGUGAGGUGGACAAGUGCCAGCUUCUGGACUUCCAGGAGUUCAUGCUGUACCUGGGCAAGAGGAAGAUCCAGGGCGCACGGACGGUCCACAGGCUGGAGAAGGUGCUGUCGGAGCUGAAGGAGGCUGGGGUGCAGGUGGACGAGCAGCUCCUGAGCCUCUACAAGCAGAAGAGAGAGCAGCUCACCCCCGUGGACCAGCCGGAGGCCCAGAAGAGGAAGUCGGGCUGAGGCCGUCGGCCACCUCAGAUGCUAUGACUCAGACAGCCCCCUGGUCCCUGGGACUGUCCCCCCGAAGGGACUCUGAGAAGCUUCUCUGGUCCCCUUAACUAUCCCUGGGACAGGCCCCUGAAGGACUGUGUGAGACCCUGUCGGUCCCCUGGGACUGUUCCUAGGACAGGCUUGGUGGAAGACUGGGGUCCGAGGAGCUGGGCAGGCUGCUCUACCCUCUCAGGCUUAUGUGAAGAGGGAGGUUCACGCCUGCCCACGGCUCCUCAGCGCACCCACACACUUCUGGACUGCCCUGGAUCAUGCAUUUUAGAAAGACCCCUCCCCAAUGUCCUGGUCAAGCCCCCUUGGAAUCCCGUGACUGGCCAGCCCUCCCCAAAGCAGCCUGAUUUUGAGCCACCCUCGCCGUCCCUGACUCCUGAGGGGCUGGGAGCCCCCCUCCCCGCUCUUUGGGAGAUCCCCGUCCCAGCAGCAGCUGGGCCAGGAAAGCUUGCUGAGCCAGUGUGCCUCGCUCCCUGCCUUCUCCGAGGCUCUGUUUCCCCCACUUGGUGGGAUUGGCAGCUGGCAGGAGCUCCCGGGUCUCGGGGCGUGGGCACUGCAGCAGCGUCCGGGCCUGUUACUUGGCUGGUUUUUCUAGGGGAGAGCAGAGGCAUCGCUCCAGAACCCUUCUGCCUGGGGCAGGGGAGUGGGCUGGGCGGAACCUGAGCUGUGCCAGCUUUAAUGAUGGUUACAGCUCCCAGGGUCCCCGGCCGUUGUGGGGACAGGGACGUCCUCCUACAUGAUUAGCCUCGGGAGGGACACGGUGAAGCUCCUGUGGGGGCCGGAGGAAGGGGGCAGGGGAAUUCUACGUGUUUACAAAGCACCCAGUAUGUGCAGCUGCUGGGGAUGCCAAGGGAGCAAUGCUACUAGCUCUUCCUUCAGGAGCCCCCAUUUAAGGGCCAAGGGGGGCAGGCCGGAAAUAACCUAUCAGUGUGAGAGUGAUUGGGUGCUGAGGAGACUCCCUAUGGGUGGGACAGAUGGGGGGCUUCCUGGCAGCGUCCCCCACAUUUCUUAAGCCAGACUCUUGACCUGGGUUUGCACAAAACCCUUUUUUCUUUUUUUCUGGGUUAUAAAAAUGUACAGCAAGAAGCCCUGGGGCCCAAGAAGCCCUUGUCUAAAUGGAUCAGACCACAGGGCCGUGUUUCCGCGCAGGCUCUGGAAGCAGUUUCUGUCAUGUUUGUGUGUCUCAGCUUCUAGAAGCAGCAGCUUUAAGGGAACAGGGGUGUCGUGAGGAAGCCGGACCUUGCUGUGUUGGGGUUAAAAGGCCACAUCGUGUCCGGGGCAGGAAGACAUGGGCCUUGCUCAAGAGCAUCCCUAGUAGCCCUGUCCCAGCUUACAGCCUGCUCUUGGGUCCUCCCCCCCCCCCCCCCCCCCCCCCCCCCCCCCCCCCCCCCCCCCCGCCUCCCCAUUGUGCUUCCUCAUUAGUCGGCUUCCUCCGACUCUGGGAGAAUCAGAGCUUGGAUGUCACCACGACCCGGGGAGAUGCUGAGGGAGGAGCCGGGACCCGCCCUCUCCAGAGUUGAGAUGUGAGAAAAGUUGGGGGCUCCUCGUUUUUAUCUUUUUGUACUUUGGAAUAAAAUCUUGAGGAGACCUGGCUGAAGCGUCCUCGAGGAGCUGGGCCAGCACCGGGUGCUGGGGCCCCAGAAGGCCCAGAGUUGUGAGGAGUGGCAGGGGUGGGCUCGGCUCGGCCUUAGUGUCUGAGCCUCCGGGCCGGCCCUGCAGCAGAGGCGUCCGGCCGUCCUGCCGGACAGGCUGGGCAUCGUUCUGUGCCGCCCCUACUGAGGCCUCGUGGGUGAUGUGGAAGGAGUCUCCUCCUCCCCGAAACUGUGUACCACGGCCGGGGAACGUGCUCAGGCUGGGUAACAGACGUCUGUCCGGCACUGCGUGAGACCUGGGCCGUGAGACCGGGGCUGAUCCUGCUGAGUCCGGCCCCUCCAUUUCAGAUCUCACCCCCUCUCAUGGAGUCCCAGCCGAGAUGGACAGCUGCUCUCUCCCCAAGGGUCCUGAGGCAGGAAAAGGUCCUGAGUGACAGUCUCCUGGAGGGAGGGGCCGUGUACCCCUCAUUCCAAGGGGGCGAGUGGGGCUCUUGGGAAAGAUGCAUUAAAAUCGUUUGCUGUUUAUUGAGACUGAGAAGCAGCCGCCUGGGGAAAUUUCUAUAUCUCCAUAAAAACUGUCUCAGUUGCUUAUUUUUUUUAUAUUUCAUUGAUUUGGGGUGGGGGUGACAUCCCACGCUUUGGUGCGUUUACAAAUGAUGGGUUGCCCGUCACCACCUACCGGCCCCUCCCGCUUGUGACAGACAGUUAAAUAAAGGGAACUUUGGCCCCCCUG